AUGUUCAGCAACUAUGGCAACCUCCCGUACAUGGUCAUCGACUCGAUCACCACCGAGAUCGAGCCCUACUCUAAGGACCCCACCGCGCUCAGUCGCGGACUCGCCUACUCUUCGCUCUUCCUCUUCACCUCCAGCGCCUGGAUGUGGUCGUUUGGACCUUAUUACAUGAGUCGCGGGUCUCGCUCUGUGCCCGUUCAGUCUCUUGACGAGAUCACCUCCAAUAACAAUUCCUUCGUUCGUUCCCGAUCUUCUAGCUCCUGCUCGGAAGCGUUUCUCCCAGACGUCAGCAAAAACUGCGCCGCUUCGGACAGCUUCUCUGUGUCCGCUCGUCAGACCCUGAACUCCUCUCCAGCUUUGCAACAGGUCGUCGUUCCUCUGGAGCAGCUGCACAUUCCCGUCCAAAAGGACGAAGAGCCCUCUUCCUCCACUUCCUCGUGCAACUUCGAGACACUCGACGGCACCUACCUCUGCCAAACGCCCCUCCAGGCGUCUCCUAUCUGCCCCGGCAGCGACGAUCAAUUCUUACAACAACCGCCCAAUACUUUCUCUAAAUUUAAGGAAAAAAUUUGUCACUUUUUUCGCUCUACUUUUCAACUUUUACGCAAGCUCGUCAGUCCCAGCACCAUCUCUUGCAUCCUGGCCAUCUCCAUCGUCUUGAUCAACCCUGUGCAUCGCGCCCUGUUCCACGACGUCCCCUCCAUGAUCUCGAACCCCUCUCGUCCGGCCCUCCAGCCCACCUCUAUUCCCACCCCCGACGGGGACUCUGCUCCUCCUCCCCUCAAAUUCAUCGCGGACGUCAUCGAAAUACUCGGCGACGCCUCUAUCCCCCUCUCGCUCACCAUCCUCGGCUCCAGCCUGUACCAAACGCUCAAGCCCAGCUCUACCUCCACUUCCUACAGCGUCUCUCCGUCCGCCGCCCAACUCACCCACCGACUCUCUCCGCGCGCCAUCAUCGCCAUCGCCGUCGCCGCCAAACUGCUGUUCAUGCCCAUCUUCGCCUUCAGCGUAGCCUACUUGCUGUCGCUGGUCGGCCUCUCGAUUCGAGACUCUCUCGUCUUCCUGGUCCUCACCAUCGAGGGAUCUUCGCCCUCCGCCAUCAACCUCAUCGUCCUCAUCCAAAUCACGAACUCCCAAGACGUCAUGCAAACCAUAUCCUUCAUCAUCUUCUUCCAGUAUCUCUUCGCCAUGAUCACCAUGCCGCUCGUCGUCCUCACCUCCGUCAGCAUCUUCGGCUAA